UUUUUUGCAAGGCAGCGAGGCAAUACAUUAAAGCCUCCUGGUCUUCUCUCUUGAGCAGCAGGAGCCUUCCAAGCAGAUGGACUCGCAGCUGCCAGAGUGGACACGUGUGUGGCUGGAGGAGAAGGAGCAGUUGUUGCCUUGCACGGUUAGCUGUUCAUCUGAUGGCUGUGUGCUCUUCACUUCAGACUAUGGCGAAGUGUUCUGCUAUCCAUGGGUUUCACUGCCCAGAGAGAAGGUCCUGCCGAUGCAUCAGUCGAGUGUGGAGGGGGUGGAGGAUAUGUCCACGCUGGGGGACCUGCACGAGGCUGCCAUUUUGCUCAAUCUGUACCAACGCUACCAGCAGGACUACAUCUAUACAAACAUUGGCUCCAUCUUAGUCUCUGUGAAUCCCUACAAGCCCAUUGCUGGACUGUACGAUGCGGCUGCCAUUGACCUGUAUCGACAGCACUGCCUGGGUGAGCUGCCUCCUCACAUCUUUGCUACUGCCAGCGAAUGCUACAGCUGCCUGUGGAGGCGCCAUGACAGUCAGUGUAUCCUCAUCAGUGGAGAAAGUGGCGCUGGGAAGACAGAGAGCACCAAGUUGCUACUGAAGUUUCUAUCGGUCAUGAGCCAGACCUCACUGGGUGGCCCUGCCUCAGAGAAGAGCACACAUGUAGAAGAGGCCAUCAUGGAGAGCAGUCCAAUCCUGGAAGCAUUUGGAAAUGCCAAGACAGUCUAUAACAACAAUUCUAGCCGCUUUGGCAAAUUCAUCCAGCUGCAUUUUUCCCAGCAUGGGCAUAUCCAGGGAGGGAGAGUCACUGACUAUUUAUUGGAGAAGAACAGAGUUGUUCACCAGAACCCCGGAGAACGUAAUUAUCAUAUCUUCUACGCUUUAUUAGUUGGCGUCAGUGGGGAACAAAAAGAAGCUCUGGUCCUGCUGGAGCCCAAGAAUUACCGUUAUCUAAACCAGUCUGGCUGCAUAACCAAUGAGAACCUGGAUGACAAAGACAUGUUCAGCAAGGUCAUGACUGCUCUUGAAGUGAUAGGAUUUAGCUCAGAAGAAAUAAGAGAUAUUUUCAAGCUUCUUUCUGGCAUUCUGCAACUUGGCAACAUUGAUUUCAUGACUGCAGGAGGAGCUCAGAUCACAACAAAAACUGUGCUGAAUAAUGUCAGUGAGCUGCUUGGCUUGGAUACCUUCCAGCUGUCUGAGGUGCUCACCCAGAGAUCCAUGUUUCUACGUGGGGAGGAAAUCAGCUCUCCCCUCACUGUGGAGCAGGCUGCAGAUUCCAGAGACUCUCUCGCUAUGGCUCUGUAUUCGCAGUGCUUCUCAUGGAUCAUUGGCAGAAUUAACUCAAAGAUAAAAGGGAAGGAAAACUUUAAGUCUGUGGGAAUUCUGGAUAUCUUCGGUUUUGAGAAUUUCCAGGUGAAUCGUUUUGAACAGUUUAACAUCAACUACGCAAAUGAGAAGCUCCAGGAGUACUUCAAUAAGCACAUAUUUUCCCUGGAGCAGCUUGAGUACAACAGGGAAGGGAUAAGCUGGGAAGCUAUUGAUUGGAUGGAUAAUGCAGAGUGCCUAGAUCUCAUUGAGAAGAAACUUGGCUUGUUAGCACUGGUGAAUGAAGAGAGUAGAUUCCCCAAAGGCACAGACAGUACCCUUUUGGAAAAGCUCCACAGUCAGCAUGGGAACAACCAGUAUUACAUGAAGCCCCGAGUGACAGAUUUCCAGUUUGGAAUCCAGCACUAUGCUGGAGAGGUUCUCUAUGAUGUGAGGGGCUUUCUAGAGAAAAACAGGGACACCUUUCGGGAUGAUAUUUUAAACUUGUUGAAAGAUAGCAGGCUUGAUUUCAUCUAUGACCUCUUUGAAAGAGUCUCUAGCUGCAGCAGCGAAGACACUCUGAAGAUGGGGACUCAGAGGCGUAGACCGACUGUCAGCUCCCAGUUCAGGGACUCUUUACACUCCUUGAUGGCUACGCUCAGCACUUGCAACCCACUGUUCAUUCGCUGCAUCAAACCCAACCUGGAAAAGGCUCCAAAUCUCUUCAGUCCAGAUGUGGUGUUGAAACAACUGCGAUAUUCAGGUAUGCUGGAGACGGUGAAGGUCCGCAGAGCUGGAUUCCCUGUACGACGACUUUUUCAGGAUUUCCUUCUCAGGUACAAGAUGCUUUUAAAGAACUUGAAAAAUCCAGAUGGUGCAAAGGCCACGUGUGCAGAAUUCCUGAAGAUGCAUGACAGUUCCCAAAGUGCAUGGAAGCUAGGAAAAACAAAGGUUUUCCUGAAGGAAGCUCUGGAGCAAACAUUGGAAAAGGCCCGGGAAGAGGAGCUGAGGAAAGCAGCGACCAUCAUCCGAGCCCACGUCCUGGGCUACAUGGCAAGAAAGAAGUACCAAAGGGCACUAUCCAGUGUUGUGACCAUUCAAAAGAAUUACCGUGCCCACUUCUGGAAGAAGUCUUUCUUGCGCCUCAAGGCCUCCACCAUUGUCCUGCAGAAACACUGGCGUGGACAGCUGACUCGUAGUCUUUAUCGGCACCUGCUACAGGAAGAACAGAGACGAAAGCAGGAAGCCGAGGAGCAGAGGCGGCAAGAGGAAGAGAGGAUUAAAAAGGAGGAAGAAGAAAGACAAUGGCAAGAAGAGAGGGCGUGUAGGAGGAAGCAGGAGGAGGAAGAGGAGAAGAAGAAAAGCAGGGAAAAGGAGCAGUUGGAAGCAGCACUUCAGGUGGCCCAGAUGGAGGUACUAAGGACACAAGAGGAAGACCCGCCUUUGCAGGAAGAGGAACAGCGCCAGAUGGAGAAGAUUCUGCGACUGGAAAGGGAGAUUGAGAAGCUGCAAUGGCAGCAGAAGACAGACCACAUUACCAUAAGCUGUGAAAACACCAAGAAUGAAAUGAAACGGCAGCGGGAGGAGGAGAUACAGAGGUUAGAGAAGGAAGCAUCUAGAGUUGCGCAGGAGUUCUUGGAGCUGCUAGAUUUUGGGAACCUGGAUGAGAGUGUGCAAGGUUUGGACCGCUCCCUCUCCAAUGAAGGGACUCUUAACAUUGAGUGCAGCCUUGUAGCUCCUCUGGCUGAGGAAGAAGAAGAUGAAGGUUUUCCUGCUGAUGAAGAAGGUCCACCAGUCCCUAGCCCAAGUCUCUUGAACCAGGACAGCAGCACCAGAACCAGUGAUAACUAUUACUCUGAGGAGGACACAUCUCCCAAUAUGCUGCUGCCUGAGGGAGAGGAUGGGGAGCUCAACUCUCUGAAUCUUUUUACAGAGAGACCUGAGAGUCCUCAGAAGCAGAACGUGGAAAACAUCUACCACACUGUCUCAGACAUCCUGCCAGGUGACUUCAUGGAAUCAGAUGACCCCAUCUACACCUUGCCUCCUGAUGUGGAGUCAGACUAUGACCAUGAGGAGUUUGAGGUCAGUGGAGAGGUUGGUAGCACAUCAGCUGACCCUCUGAAUGGGGAAGAAGUCCUGCAUAAUACUCACAGUAAUGGUGUUGACUCCAACCGUGGAAGCCUGGACUCAUUUCUGGACAGUGAAGAUGAAGGGGAUACCUAUAUGGACACAGAUGAAGAAUUGUGCAGCAGCCGGGUCAGCAUGCUGAAUGGGUCAGGGCCAGCCUAUUUUCACAGCUAUCUCUACAUGAAGGGAGGCUUGAUGAACCCCUGGAGACGACGUUGGUGUGUCCUGAAGAAUGAGGUUUUCAUGUGGUUCCGAGCCAAGCAAGAAGCCUUGAAAUCAGGCUGGCUUUAUAAGAAAGGAGGGGGCAUGUCCACACUGUCUCGCCGAAACUGGAAACGGCGCUGGUUCGUGCUGAGAGAGGCCAAGCUAAUGUACUUUGAGAAUGACAGCGAGGAGAAGCUGAAAGGGACAAUUGACAUCAGGAAAGCCAAAGAAAUUGUGGAUAUUCACGAGAAAGAGAAUGCCCUUGAUGUUGUAACAAAUGACCGAAUCUACCACAUAGUGGCAGAGUCACCAGAGGAUGCCAGUGACUGGUUCAAUGUCCUGAGCCGUGUGCACAGUGCUACAGAACAGCAGCUGAGGGAGAUGCAGGAUGAACAAGCCAACCCAAAGAAUGCUGUGGGAACCCUUGAUGUGGGGCUCAUUGACUCAGUCUGUGCUUCUGACAAUCCUGACAGGCCAAAUUCCUUUGUGAUUAUCACAGCAAAUAGAGUCAUCCACUGCAACAGUGACAUCCCAGAGGAGAUGCAUCAUUGGAUCUCCCUCCUGCAGAAGCCCAAGGGUGAAUCCAGGGUUGAUGGACAGGAAUUUCUUGUGAGAGGGUGGCUUCAUAAGGAGGUCCAGGGCAACAGCAAAACAUCUUCUCUGAAAGUGAAGAAACGGUGGUUUGUGCUAACCAACACAGCUCUUGACUACUACAAAUCGUCAGAACGCACUGCUACCAAGCUUGGGACAUUGGUGCUCAACAGUCUCUGCUCAGUAGUGCAACCCGAUGAAAGAGUCUUCAAAGAAACUGGCUACUGGAAUAUCACCGUGCACGGCAGGAAGCAUUCCUACCGUCUCUACACCAAGCUGUUGAAUGAAGCCAUGCGCUGGGCCUCCGCCAUCCAAGGAGUGAUUGACAGCAAGGUUCCCAUUGAAACACCCACACAGCAACUCAUUCGUGACAUUAGAGAAAACAGCAUGAACCCAGAAUUGGUAGAACAGACGUACCGGAGAAAUCCCAUCCUGAGAUACACCCAGCAUCCUUUGCAUUCUCCUCUGCUACCUCUGCCUUAUGGGGAUGUUGGAAUCAACUUGCAACAAGAAAAGGGCUACAGCAGCCUCCAGGAUGAAGCCGUGAAGAUCUUUAAUUCCCUUCAGGAAAUUGAAACAGUGUCUGACCCCAUCCCCAUUAUCCAGGGCAUCCUGCAGACCUGUCAUGACCUCAGGGCCCUCCGUGAUGAGGUUUAUUGUCAGCUGAUCAAGCAGACCAACCACGUGCCACAGCCCAACAGCUCUGGAAACCUUCACCAUUGGCAGCUGAUGACCUGCAUGAGUUGCACCUUCUUGCCGAGCAGGGGAAUUCUCCGUUACCUGAAGUUCCACCUCAGAAGAGUAAAAGAUAUAUUUCCAGGCACAGAAACAGACCGGUAUUCUCAAUUCAUCAGUGAUUCAUUGAAGAAGACUAAGAGCAGGGAGUUUGUUCCUUCGCAAGAGGAGAUACAAGCCCUCAUCACCCGGGAGGAAAUGACUACUACAGUUUAUUGCCAUGGAGGAGGUUCCUGUCAGAUCACAAUAAAUUCCCACACCAGUGCAGGAGAGGUGGUAGAGAAGUUGAUCCGAGGACUUGCCAUGGAGGAUAGCCGUAAUAUGUUUGCUCUAUUUGAACGCAACAAGCACGUGGACAAGGCCAUUGAGAGUCGGGUGAUUGUAGCUGAUGUUUUGGCCAAGUUUGAGAGACUUGCUGGGUCAGUGGAGGAGGAAGAGGAUGCACAUUGGCAGCUGUAUUUUAAACUGUAUUGUUUCUUGGAUGUCGAAAAUGUCCCCAAGGAGGGAGUGGAAUUUGCCUUCAUGUUUGAGCAGGCUCAUGAAAGUCUCAUUAAUGGCCACUUUCCAGGCCCUGAGGAGACAUUGCAGCACUUGGCAGCCCUGAGGUUACAGUACCUUUAUGGGGACUAUUCCAAAAUCUUCUGGUCCCUUGACAGUGUCUACCCAGUGAAGAGGCUGAAAGCAAAAAUACUCCAGUCAACAAAAAGCAGUGGUCCCAGUAGCCAUGCUCUGGAGAGAAGGAGGACAAGUUUUCUGGAAGGCACGCUGAAGCGCAGCUUCAAGGCAGGCUCCAUGAAGAAGCAAAAGGUGGAAGAGGAGCAGAUGGUAGAGAUGUGGGUAAAAGAGGAGCUGUCGGCAGCUCGGACCAGCAUAGCAGAAAAGUGGAGCAAACUGCAGGGGCUGCUCCAGCAUCAGGCCCUGAUCGCCUACAUGGCCAUCAUGAAGGAAUGGUCGGGCUAUGGCUCCACUCUCUUUGAUGUUGAGUGUAAAGAAGGUGGCUUUCCAAAUGACCUCUGGCUCAGUGUCAGUACAGAAAAUGUAUCUGUCUAUAAACGGGGAGAAGCCAAACCCUUGGAAACUUUCCAGUAUGAGCACAUUGUCUUCUUUGGGGCUCCCCAGACCAAUACCCUCAAGCUGACAGUGGAUGAGAGAGAGAUGUACUUUGAGACCCCCCAGGUUGGAGAGAUCAUUAAAAUAAUGAAAGCUUACAUCAACAUGAUUGUGAAGAAAUGCUGUAGUGUUAGAUCAGCCACCAGCCUAGACAGCCAUGCAAGUAUCUGGACGAGGUGAUGAGACCGGGGAAGCUGAACUCAGCCCUUUAGCAGACACGGGUUGCAUCCCAGCCAGAAUUGUAGCAAAUGUUUUUGUAAAAAUGGGGAGAAAUCCUCCUCUUAACAUAUUGCCUGAGAGAAGCAAAAAAGGACUGGUGCUGAGCAUUCACAGCUGUGGGUUUUGCUCUAUAACCAAAAUCAUAAACAUGACAACCAUGACAGUCAGCCCAAGGCCUGGGCUUCCUUUGCCCUCACUCUUGUGAGAAACACCAAACAGGGACAACACUGGACCCACCUUUCUCUGCAGGAUCCAUUAAGACCUUCUGUGCAAUAAAAACAGCAGGGAAGAGACUAUCUGCCAGGCAAGAAUUACAUCCUGGACCAUACACCAAUACAAACUGAAGGUUCCCAAUUACUUUGUUGAUAAACUCUCUGCUGGCAAAGAUUGAUGUGACUUCUUUUAGGGGGUCAUGUUCCCUCAGGGAUGAGCUGCUACUACUACUGAAUAAUCAUAUACUGGGGACCUUUCUGUGGGGGUCAUCUUGUUGUCAGUAUUACCAUCCCUAGGAGAUCAAGAUUAAUGGCAAAAGCUUCCAAAUCACGCCAAGUUUUCCAUGCUCUCACUACAAAGAGGCUACUUUGGGUUUGUUGUUUGUGGCACAUGUCACCGAGGCUGUCUCCAAUCUUGGCUCCUUGCAGGAAUUUGGAUUGUGUGUUUUGUCUUGUUAAUCUUUGUUUUCUUACAUAUUGUUUUUCUGCACUUUGGUGUCACACUGGAGAAAUGGGAAGCUCCAUGAGGCAAUUAACAGUAAAAUGCCAAUGCAGCCUUUCCCAACUAGGUGCCUACCAGAUGUGCUGGACUGCAACUGUCAUUAGCUCCAUUGGCCAUGCUGGCUGGAGGUGAUGGGAGUGGUAGUCCUCUGCAGUUAAGACUGGCGGGAGGGUGCCAGGUUGGGAAGUCUACCAUUGAGUGUUUUGUGUGGUUCAAAGCUCACUAGGGACAAUAGGAUAUUGGCCUAUUUUGGUUAGUUUUAAGUUCCAAAAGCCAAAGGAAUGAGUUUCUCAUAUUCUACAGUAAAGGAAUGAAAUCCCACCCCACCCUCAUGAAUUAAGUCUAUAUAGUUUAGACUAAAUAUGGACACUUGUUCCUUUGGCUUAAUGUAUCCUGCUUCUGCUAGACAACAGAAAAGGAUAAAGAGCUAAGACUGAAGUAUUAAAUUCUGUCCCUACUGUUCCCCUAGCACACCUGUUGAGAUUUCUCUAGGCCACUGCCCUUGUGGACUAGGAAUUUGCUUUUUAAAAUGAAGAAUGGCAGACCACAUUUCCAGCAUCUUGUGUUCUGUGUUCGCUGUCCCAUUUGGGACAUUGCUUAUUGGACAGGGGAGCACACGCAUAUAAGCCUGAAUACAAAGGUUGCAACAUUCUUGACAAACCUGAGGAGAGAUUCACAGUGCCUUUUACAGCAAGGGUGAGCAAAUGGGACCCUCCAGAUGUUGGGAUGCAAUUCCAAGCAUUCCACAUCAGAAGCUCUCUUCCUUGGGCUGAUGGUAAUUGUAGCUGAGCACCUGGAGGCUACACUUUGGUAUCUCUAGCUAUAGGAGUGGGCAAUCUGCCAUCCCUUCCAACUUUCCUUCAGGCAAUGCUAAAUUUCAAAUGUCUGAGAACCCCAAUAAUCUUUCUUUCACUAGAAAUGGUCCUCUACAAGGAUUCUCCCACCAGGGAACUUUCCUCCCCACUUCUUAUCACUGGAAAAUGCAAAUAUAGGAUCACACCUGUCUCAAGCAGCUGGCUGGUGAUAUGAUCAUGAUCCCUUUCUUUUUACUAAAGCUGAAACACAACUACACCCAAAUAUCCUGUGCAUGUUGUAUAAUUAUAUUCCCCAGGCAGGACAUAAAUAUCACAGCUCAUCUUUCUGUCAUUUUGACAGGGAAACGUUGCCUUAAAGAGCUGGGUUAAGUCAUACCAAGAGCUACUUUUCCAAAUUAUGGAAUUGAAACAGAAGAGACUGAUAGAACACAGUCGGUGUUGCCUGUUGGCCCAAUAUGCUAACCGGAGCUUUCUUAAUACACUCCCCUACUUCUCCCUCAAAUCCUUGGUCCUGCACUACUACUAUGUCCUAGCUCAUGGGUUGCUGCUGGCAGCUUAAACCCAAUUGAGAAUGUAACUUCCAUUCAUUAUGUUGCAGAUUUCCUUCUGUUCUUUUUGUUUUAAUUUGUAACUGGCUUUACAAGAUGGAGGUUUAAUAAAUUAUUGGAUUGCA